GUUCGCUUCGCAACUAUAAACAGGGAGUCGGCUGUCGCUAAAUGUUUUGAGAACACAAGCCACCAUGCCGUACCUUGGCGGCGAGGAGACGGUGAGGGAUCUGAGGAGAGCUCUGUCCAACCCUCAUGUCCAGUCUGACCGCCUCCGCUACAGGAACACCAUCCACAAGGUCAUCAGGGCGAUGUCUCAGGGUGUGGAUGUGUCAGGCCUGUUUAGUGAGAUGGUGAAAGCGUGUGCCACAGUGGAUGUGGUCCAGAAGAAACUGGUUUAUGUCUUUCUGUGUUCCUACGCGGCUGUCAACCCAGAGCUGUCCCUUUUGGUCAUCAACACACUGAGAAAAGACUGCCAGGAUCCAAACCCUAUGGUCCGCAGCCUGGCACUAAGAAACAUGACCAACCUUAGGUUACCCAGUUUGGUAGAGUACGUGGAGCAACCUCUAACAGCAGGCCUGAGGGACAGAGCAGCUUGUGUGCGACGGGUAGCUGUACUGGGCUGGGCCAAACUUCACAAUCUUCAGCCCAACUCAGACAUAGAUGCCACGGUGGUGAAUGAGUUGUACAGCCUGCUGAGGGACUCGGACCCCGUGGUGAUGGUGAACUGUCUCCGAGCACUGGAGGAAAUACUGACGGAGGAAGGGGGUGUCGCCAUUAACAGACCCAUUGCGCAUCACCUCCUCAAAAGGCUGGGGGAGUGUGAUGUGUGGGGUCAGUGUGAGGUGCUGAAGGUCCUCCAGCGCUACCGGCCUCAGUCGGAGGAAGAGCUUUUCGACAUCCUGUCCCUGUUGGACCCCUCCCUGCUCAGCCCCCACGCCCCAGUCAUGGCCGCCACCCUUGACCUGUUUCUCAGUCUCUGCUCAGGCCUGCCCGCCGUGAGCCUGUCCGCCCUGGAGAGGGCGCGGGGACCCCUGCUGGCCGUCUGCGGUAGUGCCUCAAGGGAGAUGCGGUUCACUGCACUUUGCCACAUACAGGUCCUUCUGCGGACUCUGCCCGGUCUGAUGGGGGCGUACUACAAACGCUUCUUCUGUGGCUAUGCCGAGCCAGCCUACAUCAAGCAGAGAAAGAUGAAGGUGCUAGUGGAGCUGGUGAAUGAUGAGAAUGUGGCCUUGGUGCUGGACGAACUGAAGGGAUACUGCACUGAUGUCAACACCGACACCGCCCAGGCCGCCAUCUCAGCUAUAGGCCAAAUUGGGCGUAGCUACAGUGAUAGAUGUCUAGAGAUCCUCACCGGACUACUGGGCCUUAAACAGGAGCACAUCACAUCUGCGGUGGUGCAGACGUUGCGUGACCUGGUGUGGGUGUGUCCCCAGUGUGGUGACUCUGUGUGUGUGGCUUUAGAGGGCUGUGAGGAGACGCUACAGGACAGCCAGGUUAGUCACUGGCCAGAUACCCAUGAGCCUUUGGGUACUUGUGAGGGCAGCCAGGCCUUGCUGUGGUUGCUGGGUGUGUAUGGGGCGCGUGUCUCCAGCGCCCCCUAUGUGCUGGAGGUCUUCAUAGACAAUGUGAGAAAUGAGGUUUCACCGGGCGUCAAGAUGGAGCUGCUAACGGCAACCAUGAAGCUGCUCCUGUGUCGCCCCGCUGAGACGCAGGACAUGCUGGGAAGACUGUUGCACUACUGCAUAGAGGAGGAAAAAAACAUGUGCGUGCGUGACCAGGCACUGCUAUACUACCGCCUGUUGCAUUGUGGGAUAGAAGAGACACAAAAGGUCCUCCAGGGUCGAAGGUCUGAUCCCUCUCUUGGCGUUUUGAUUGGCCGACCUGCCGAGCCUGUCAGCCAAUGGGCAAGGAGCUUUAACACUCUAGAACCCCUGAGGCAGAGUACUACAGAUACAGACUCGGCCAGCGGGAUGAGCUGUGUCCAUGUGACCUCCAACCUAAAGCCCAGCCUCGAUCUCUCUGAGCCGCUGAAUUCCAGCCAAGAUGAACAAACUCCCCCUGACCUGCAGAGUGACAGCUUGUGUCCAGAAUCCUUCUGGCAGCUUCCGGCCUCUAAUGCCGAAGCCCUGAUCAGCUUGUCUGUCUCGCCGGCUCUGAGCCCAGAAGAGUUUGAGCGGCUGUGGCUGCGGCGGCGGGAUGCCCAUGGUGCAGGGGACGAGAAGGACUACGUCAGUGUGGAAGAAUAUGUCAGCUGCACCGCACCACCCCACAACUCCCCACAAAGCCUCCAGGCGGCACUGCAGCUCGUCAACAUCCAAACACUGGCCUUCACACCCCCACAUGUCAUCCCCUGGAGGGUCUACCUUUAUACAAACACCAGGCGCACAAACCACGCCUACACACCCCACAUGCCCCACACACCCCACACGCCCCACAUGCCCCACAUGCCCCACACGCCCCACAUGCCCCACACAACGCUCAUCCUGGGGGAGCUGCUGUACACUGGGGAGGCAAAGGAGGAAGGGAAGGAGAAUGAGGGUGUGGAUAAUGGUGAGCAUGCUGACAAGGAGUUGAUGAAGGGUGAGGAAGAACAGCACGUGGACGAAGGAUGGAUGAAUGACAAACUGAGCGGCAGAAAUAAAGGUGGAGGAGAUCUAGGUGGAGGAGAGCGGGAGGGGCGGGUGAAAGUGAGUGUUAAGCAGCAGCCAAGAGAUGACGAAGCUCUUCAAGGGUUUCUGUCCGUCCUCAUCACUGUGCUGCAUACACUGUCCCCAGAAACGGGUUAAACACACACACACACACAGACACACACACACAGACACACACACACACAUCUGCAGCUGAGAGCAGAACUGCACAGUGGCAGGUAAAUGAAACUGGAGCUUUGAAUCAAUUUGAAAAUAAAGAAAAUAUGU